AUGGAAGACAUGCAGACAAAUUAUGGGUUUAAGCUGAAAUAUAAUAAGGCUUGGAGGUCUAGGGAACAAGCAUUAAUGGCAGUGCGAGGAACAGUGGAGGAAUCAUAUGGAAAAUUGCCAUCAUAUUUGUUCAUGUUGGCGAAGAGUAACCCAGGCUGCUCAAUCAGAGGUUUCAAGUAUUGUCGUCCAGUAUUGUCCGUCGAUGCUAGUUUUCUUAAACACAAGAUUGGAGGUCAAUUAUUGAUUGCAAUUGCAUUGGAUGCGAAUGAACAACUAUUUCCCCUUGCUUUUGGCGUUGUUGAUUCGGAGAAUAAUAACUCUUGGAUAUAUUUUAUGCAACAAUUAAGAGUGGCAAUUGGAUUAGUCCCGAAUCUCGUCUUCGUAUCUGAUAGACACCCAAGUAUUGCCAAUGCUUUGUCCGCUUACUUACGUGAACAAGCCGAGAAGGCCAGAUUCUACACCGUUAAUCCGCUUAACAGAUUCGAGUUUCAUGUGAAUGACGGUCAACAUGAUUUUCAAGUUGAUCUCCAAACUCGAACUUGUACUUGUAGGGUAUUUGAUCUAUCUGGUCUUCCUUGUAAACAUGCCCUUGCUGCUGCCCGUUCUCGGAAAACUAUUCCUUAUGAGUACUGCUCAAGGUUUUUCACAACUGAAGCAUGGUGUAUGGCAUAUGUAGAUACAUGUUAUCCAGUUUGCGAUGAAGGUUCUUGGGAUAUUCCAGAAAAUAUCAAGGAACGAGUUUGUCUAAAACCCCCCAUCAAGGUUAAGAAGGGUAGGCCAACAACAAAGCGUAGGCCAUCACAAGGUGAGCCUCGUAAGGAACAGAGACGGUGCAACUCAUGUGGCGGUCGAGGCCAUAACAGGGCAACAUGCAAAGCAGUGAUGCCUGCACCAUCUACUUCAAGACAACAAGUGGCACAACCUUCACAACCUUCACAACCUUCACAACCUUCACAACCGUCACAAUUGGCACAACCUUCACAAUCUUCAUCUUUGCCACAUUCUCUAGACAAUAUUUCUUUUGGUUAA